CGGUGGAGGUGGUGGAGGUGGUGGAGCCAGGGCUCACGCAUGCGCGGCAGCCGCAGGAGGGGGCGCUGGUGAAGAUCGCAUACACCAUCUUUCUGGAAGAGCAGCCGCCUCCGCAGCAGCAGCAGCAGCAGCAGGGAGAAGAGGAGGAGGUCGGGGAGCCGCGCGAGGCGCAGGCGGAGGCGCCCGCACCGCUGCAGCCGCUGCAGCCGCAGUCCUCGCUGGGGGGCGCCACUGCUUCCACCGCUGCACCGCCCGCCCCUGGAGCUGCUGCCGCCUGCUCGCCCGCUGCUGCUGCCGCCGGUGCCGCUGCUGGUGCCGUGUUGGAGCGCCACUCGGGUUUGACGCUGUGUGUGGGGUCGGGGG